AGUACUUCUUCUCUUCUCUUCCAUUCUCCAUUCCCCAUUCCCCAUUCCCCAUUCCCAUUUCCAUUGCCAACCCUCCACCAACUGAAACAUUCUGAGUCUAUAUCUGAACAGAUCGUGCGAGAGCGAAGCGGAUUAACGAUUUCUUCUCUUUGUGAUAUUCACUUCUUUUAAGAAUGAGGGAUAGAAGCUAUAGCUACAGCCCAUCACCACCAAGAGGCUACAGCAGGCGAGGUCGGAGUCCCAGCCCCAGGAGUCGCUAUGGAGGUCGUGGUAGAGAUCUUCCUACUAGCCUUUUAGUUCGUAACCUUCGCCGUGAUUGUAGGCCAGAAGACCUCCGUAGGCCAUUUGGAGAAUUUGGUCCUAUUAAGGACAUAUACUUGCCAAGAGAUUAUUAUACUGGAGAGCCUAGGGGCUUUGGUUUUGUCCAAUUUGUAGAUCCUGCUGAUGCUGAAGAAGCUAAGUAUCAGAUGGAUGGGCAAAUUCUUCAUGGGCGGGAGUUGACUGUUGUAUUUGCAGAGGAGAAUAGAAAAAGACCAGCUGACAUGAGGGCGAGAGAUCGGUUAAGGGGUCGACUGCAUGAUCGAAGGUCUCCUCGUUAUUCACGUUCCCCACGCUACUCGCGAUCUCCACUUUAUGCAAGAUCACGGUCCCGCAGUCCUACUUACUAUUCUCCAUCCCCCAGACGGAGGAGGCAUUAUUCAAGAUCUGUUUCACCUCAAGACAGAAGAUACCGCCGAGAGCCUUCCUAUUCUCAUUCUCCUCCUUAUAAUGGCUCAAGUAGCCGCAGCCGGAGUCCAAGCAGGAGCCAAAGCCGAUCUCCAGAUGACUUCCCAAGGAAAGUGAGGAGAGAAAGAUCAUUAAGUCAGUGAAUGAUAAGUGUGGGAGAUGUAUUUGCAGAUCCAGUACUCAAUGUUAGUUUCCUUAAACAAUUAGCUUGAAUGGUACUGUAGUAUUGAGAUGUGUUCUAAAUUUUCUGUAGGUUUUAUAUACUUUGUAGAUUGUAGGAACUCUUUUCGCCCUUCGUUGCUGUAGUCUCCCCCUUUUUUUUUUUUUUUUUUUCGUUUAUGGAAUAGCAUUCUGAUAAUGUUCAUUGUUCAAUUUAAUUGUUAUUCCAUUGUUGACACAUCCA